CUCCGCGCUACGCUUCUACACACACACACGCACACACACACGCCAGACAGUGUGACUGCCCUGUCGAGCAACAGCGCACACGGACCAACGUCCACUCUAUUUUAGGAAAACUCCGUCACUUUUGUUCGUGUUUCUCCAGUUUUUCGACGCUGCGACCACAGAAGUAUUCGCAGCUGGACCCGGACCUAUUUUGGAGCCGAAGUCGACGACGCCAAAGCGAAGGAAACCAGCGUCUUGACUCCGAUCCAACGGGGCUUCUGCCAGGGACGCAACUGCACAGUGUUCUCUGCAAUUUAUGUCCAUUUGAUUCUGCCAGCUCGGCAUAACGAUGACCGGCAAAGAGUGGGACAAACUUUGGCUUGCGCAUGAUAAACAUAGAUAAUAAUCCACUCAAGUAUUUGGCGCGGCGGGCCUGUUUUUUAGUCGUGUAGAUUACAUGUUUUGAGAACUCGGGGUAUCUUUAAAGUUUCAGGUUGAACGUUUUUGAGCUUCAAGAACAUGAAUCUCCAGGAAAAGCUCUCGGGCCUUAAAGGCCUGGUGACGCAUUCUCACGGCAAACGGCGUGUUAAAGCAGACCUGACGGCGGACAUGAUCAGCCCCCCGCUGGGCGAUUUCCGACACACGAUGCACGUCGGGCGCGGAGGCGAAGUAUUCGGGGACACCUCUUUCCUCAGCAACCACGGCGGCUCGGCCAACGGGGGUAACGGGGAAACUGACUCGGUGAGCGGCACCGACAACAAACUGGGAGCUUUUUUCUCCAGGACCCUCCGACAAAUCAGGAGGGGCUCCGACCACAGAAGCAGGGCAGGCUCCAAGGAUAUGUCGUUCCCUCCUCCGGCCGUUUCGCCCAUCAUCAAGAACGCCAUCUCGCUUCCCAGGCUGGAUGUGGACAUGUAUAACGGGACUCCCUCAAAGAUGCUCUUCCCCAGUUCUCAAAGCACACCGGCGGAGAGGACGAGUUCAUAUGGUUUGGAGUCGGGUUUCGUCACGCUUCCUCGUCUGUCCCGCUCCGAGCGUCAACAGUCUUACUCUGCCAACGUGCACCGCGGCUCCCUGACCGGUCCCGCAGACGCCGUCCCGACCGCCCGUUCUGCCGCCGUUGUAACUUCCAGCCCCGAAUCCACCGCUUUCUCCAGCUCCUUCGCCUCUCUCACCUCACUAGACACCUUCAACUUGGACCUAGGCCCAUCCCUCAUGAGCGAGGUGUUCGGAUUACUGGACGGCGACGGCCACGCCUGGGAGGGAGACGAAACGGGGCCCGCCAACGAAGGAUCCGAGAUGGACUCGGCUACUAUUUCGUACGUGGACUCCCUUUUGAGAGAGGACGUGAAGAGUCCACAAGGGGCGGAAUGGGAUGACGACCAAGGGAGCGUCAACAAAGUUGAGAUGUCCGGGAAACCACAAGGAGGAAAAUUAGCAGUGAGGAUGGAGAGCGAGCGUUUUCAGAGUGCCGCGGAUGUGCUCGCCCGCCAUUAUGGCGGCCACAACAAAAUGGAAGCGGGCAAUUCUCGGAACGUGAAGAAAAUAUCCUACAGCUAUAUGGCUGAUGAUGACGAUGAUGAUGAAAUCAAAGUCUGAGCUAGAAGAAACUAUAAAUCAUGAUUGGAUAAUACUCUUUUUUUUUGUAAUCAAUAACCAGGCCAUCAACAGUGACAAACUGCCAAUAGAGGAUAUUUUUUGCAUUAUAUUGGACACAUUAUUUUUGGUGCAAUAAUGAAUUUUCUUGCUGCAAAUGGAUCUCAAACGUGAGCCGUCCCGCUGAAAACCAAAAACCAAAAAUAUGUCGCCUGCUAGAGGAAUAUUUUUGUCAAUAUUAAUGAACUUUCACCACAGAAACUUUCACUUUAUCCCAAAGUUGUGUUUGUGUGUGCAUUUCCAUCUGCAAGGUUCAGUACAACAAAAUAUCUAGAAAUGAUCAAAAUGAGGGUCAGAAUUCUACUUAUUUGAACCUAACAUUGUUGUAAAGGACUUUAGCCGUCUUAUUUUACCACAAUGGUACCUUUACUUACGAAAUUCUGGAAGUACUUUCGUGAACUGAAAAUUCCGUAAGUAGAGACGCGUCAUAUACUUCAUAAUGUAUUGAUGGGACGUGGUGCAUGGGGCCGAGAAAUAGGCGGCCUGCACUGUUGGCGAGGCCGUCAAAGCUUACCGAGUGGAAUCACGGACAAAGAGCUUUUUUCGUUGAAAAUUCUUGAGAACAAAUGCUUAAAUCCCCUCAUUCUUCAUAUAUAUGAACGUAAAACAGUCUUGAUUCUUGGUGAAAAGCUAAAUAAAACCGUGCAGUUAGCGUUUAUUUUACGUAAAUAUGUCGAAGUACAAUGCUAGUCUGUUAAUGAAUGAAACUAGCGGCCGCCUAAUGUAAACAGAGCUUUUCCGGUGAAAAUUCUUGUGAACAAAUGCUUAAAUCCCCAAAUUCUACAUAGAUAUGGACGUAAAACAGUCUCGAUUCUUGGUUAAAAGCAAAAAAAAAACGUGCAGUAAGCAUUUAUUUUACGUAAAUAUGUCGAAGUACAAUGCUAGUCUGUUAGUGAAUGUAGCUAAACAGAGCUUUUCCGGUGAAAGUUCUUGUGAAUAAAUGCUUAAAUCCCCAAAUUCUACAUAGAUAUGGACGUAAAACAGUCUCGAUUCUUGGUUAAAAGCAAAAAAAAACGUGCAGUAAGCAUUUAUUUUACGUGAAUAUGUCGAAGCACAAUGCUAGUCUAUUAAUGAAUGUAAGUAGCGACCGCCUGAUGUAAACACAGUUUUUCCGGUGAAAAUGAUUGUGAAUAAAUACUUAAAUCCCUGAAUUCUUUAUAGAUAUGGAUGUAAAACAGUCUCGAUUCUUGGUUAAAAGGAAAAAAAUGUGCAGUUAGCGCUUAUUUUACGUAAAUAUGUCAAAGUACAAUGCUAGUCUGUUAGUGUAUGUAGCUAGCGGCCGCCUGAUGUAAACAGAGCUUUUCCAGCGAAGAUUCUUGUGAAUAAAUGCUUAAAUCCCCUCAUUCUUUAUAGAUAUGGACGUAAAACAUUCUCGAUUCUUGGUUAAAAGCAAAAUUAAAAAAAAAACCUGCAGUAAGCAUUUAUUUUACGUAAAUAUGUCAAAGUACAAUGCUAGUCUGUUAGUGAAUGUAGCUAGCGGUCGCCUGAUGUAAACCGAGCUUUUCCGGCAUAAAUUCUUGUGAAUAAAUGCUUAAAUCCCCUCAUUCUUUAUAGAUAUGGACGUAAAACAUUCUCGAUUCUUGGUUAAAAGCAAAAUUAAAAAAAAAAACCUGCAGUAAGCAUUUAUUUUACGUAAAUAUGUCAAAGUACAAUGCUAGUCUGUUAGAGUAUGUAGCUAGCGGCCGCCUGAUGUAAACAGAGCUUUUCCAGCGAAAAUUCUUGUGAAUAAAUGCUUAAAUCCCCUCAUUCUUUAUAGAUAUGGACGUAAAACAUUCUCGAUUCUUGGUUAAAAGCAAAAUUUAAAAAAAACCUGCAGUAAGCAUUUAUUUUACGUAAAUAUGUCAAAGUACAAUGCUAGUCUGUUAGUGAAUGUAGCUAGCGGUCGCCUGAUGUAAACCGAGCUUUUCCGGCGUAAAUUCUUGUGAAUAAAUGCUUAAAUCCCCUCAUUCUUUAUAGAUAUGGAUGUAAAACAUUCUCAAUUCUUGGUUGAAAGCAAAAAAACCUGCAGUAAGCAUUUAUUUUACGUAAAUAUGUCGAAGUGCAAUGCUAGUCUGUUAGUGAAUGUAGCUAGCGGCCGCCUGAUUUAAACAGAGCUUUUCCAGCGAAAAUACUUGUGAAUAAAUGUUUAAAUCCCCUCAUUCUUUAUAGAUAUGGACGUAAAACAGUCUUGAUUCUUGGUUAAAAGCUAAAUAAAACCGUUUAGCGUUUAUUUUGCGUAAAUAUGUCGAAGUACAAUGCUAGUCUGUUAGUGAAUGUAGCUAGCGGCUGCCUGAUGUAAACAGAGCUUUUCUGGUGAAAAUUCUUGUGAAUAAAUGCUUAAAUGCCUGAAUUCUUUAUAGACAUGGACGUAAAACAGUCUCGAUUCUUGGUUAAAAGCAACAACAAAAAAACGUGCAGUAAGCAUUUAAUUUACGUAAAUAUGUCGAUGUACAAUGCUAGUCUAUUAGUGAAUGCAGCUAGCGGCCGCCUGAUGUAAACAGAGCUUUUCUGGUGAAAAUUCUUGUGAAUAAAUACUUAAAUCCCCGAAUUCUUUAUAGAUAUGGACGUAAAACAGUCCCAAUUCUUGGUUAAAAGCAAAAAUAACGUGCAGUAAGCAUUUAUUUUACGUAAAUAUGUCGAAGUACAAUGCUAGUCUGUUAGUGAAUGUAGCUAGCGGCCGCCUGAUGUAAACAGAGCUUUUCCGGUGAAAAUUCUUGUGAAUAAAUGCUUAAAUGCCUGAAUUCUUCAUAGACAUGGACGUAAAACAGUCUCAAUUCUUGGUUAAAAGCAAAAAAAAUGUGCAGUAAGCAUUUAUUUUACGUGAAUAUGUCGAAGCACAAUGCUAGUCUGUUAAUGAAUGUAACUAGCGGCCGCCUGAUGUAAACAGAGCUUUUCCAGUGAAAAUGAUUGUGAAUAAAUGCUUAAAUCCCUGAAUUCUUUAUAGAUAUGGACGUAUAACAGUCUCAGUUCUUGGUAAAAGCAAAAAUACCGUGCAGUUAGCAUUUAUUUUACGUAAAUAUUGCGAAAUAUGACGCCAAUGCAGUAGCGGCUAAUUUCUCCCAUUGAUUUUUUUCACGUUUCAAAAUGCAUGCAUGGUAUGAAAAAUAUAAUAAUUACCUUGAAUCCUAGAACAAAUCCAUCCUGAGACAAUCCUUCCUGUUUGUAUGGGGUACAACUUUCGUACUUUUUUAAUAGAACUCCAGCAUUAGAUCGCUGCGUGCGUGUGUUUGUGAAUAGCUCCUCUUGAUGUGGGCGGCCCCCUACUUGAAUGCGAGGCGCAGUGCGAUCUGAGCUCUCAAUACAUUAAAAAAAUCCAUGGUCGUUGAAUGAAUGUGAAUAUUUUUCCUUCAUUUUGGAGGGUUCCAGCGAUAGGUUGGAGCCGGUACACGCACGGCCAUUAUUGUGCAGUCAAUUUGCAUUGUUUUAAAUCAUAUAUAUGCUCUUAACCCUAACCCGAAAUUCAGAAUUUUUGACAAUAGGCUUAAUCGUCGAGUAAGCAGGGUUUAUUUAGUUGAUGGAGUUGAUUUCGACAAAUUCCAUGCAGUUUGUCAGUUAUUUGUUAGUUUCAGGUGCUCAGGAGUGGCUAAGCUAGCGCGAGUCAACAGUGUUUGAAAUCAACUCCACCGACUAAUUAAACCCCCGCUAACUUGAAGAUUAGGCCUUAGGUGAAAAAUUCUGAUCUUUCCCUUUAAAUUCCAUAAUUGGAAAGUCAAUUACACGCGAUGACAUUUUUCUGUUGCCAUUCUUAUGUUGUGGCAGCAUAGGGAGAAAAAAAUGGUCAAAAGUAACUGAUAGAUUACUUUUAAAGUAAACAUGAUUGCUUUUGAGAGGCGUAAUCAGUAAUCAAAUUACUUUUUCAAGUAAUCUUUGACAACGCUGGUUGUAACAUGAAAAUUCUGUAUGUAGAGACGUUUGUAAGUAGAGGUACCACUGUAUUUUUCAUCUGGUUUCAGGUUCAAAACAACAAAUAUUCAAGAAAUGAUCAAAAUGAGGGCCAGAAUUCAGUUUAUUUAAACCAAACAUGGUUUUAAGGACUUUCCGCUUCUUAUUUUACGAUCUUGGAUUUCCUCAAAUUUGAAGGAAAAAAAAUGUAAUUAAUUUUUUGAAAGCCUGUCAAAAGCACAAUGAGGAACGCUGAAAAUCGAACUUUCUGGUUUCCGUUGAAUGGCUCACAGGUGAGGAUAGACAUAUUUUGAACGUAUACCAUUCAGGAAAAACUUUUGGUUCAUAGUUGGCGUUUGUGAAUCUAGCCACAUGCUAAUUAUUAGCCUUAGCCGAAGCAAUAAAAGGCAGCACUUUGUAGUAUGUCUGUGCCAAAGAACUAUGUUGAAGUGCGUUAAGGAGUUUCAUUUUGACAAACGUAGUCCUUUUCCACCAUCUUGUGGCAUCUUUAGGCAAUUACAAAUCUGUUGAGGGGCUGUCAAAUGAACAGAUGUUUGCUACUGCCAAAAUUGACCUCCUCUUUCUGUGCUAAUUUGCUCUUCGCUAACAAAGAGCUAAAUGGCUAAAUUCACAACAGAUUUUGUUUAGUCUUAAAAUCAAUGAAGUUCACAUCCAUUUUAGGUUCAAGUUGAGUAUCGAUACAUUUUUGCGAGAAAUGUCUUGAACUUAAACCAAUAAAGAGCAAACGCUAAUGUUACUCAACUAAGAAGUUCUACAAAUUAUUUUGACAAUCUAACAUUAGUCUAAUUAGUGACCUGUCAAUACAAGUAGGAGGGUUGUGUACAUAAUUAGCAUAAGUCAGGCUUAAGAUGAGUCAUUUUAUGAAAGAUUUGCCACGACGUUAAUGAGCAUGCUAAGCUAACAUUUAAAUCUUAAGGGUUUUUAGUGUCUUACAUGAAGGAUAGAUAUCACUUUAUACAAAUUGAGGACCAAUAACAUCAUAACUCUGGUUCAGGCUGAAGAUAACUCAUUUUAUUUAAGAUUUGCCAUGACAUUAAUGAGCAUGUUAAGCUAACCUUCAAAUCUUAAGGGUUUUUAGUGUCUUACAUGGAGGACAGAUAUAACUUAAGACAAAUUGAGGACCAAUAUCAGCAUAACUCUGGUUCAGGCUGAAGCUAACUCAUUUUAUUAAAGAUUUGCCAUGACAUUAAUGAGCAUGUUAAGCUAACCUUCAAAUCUUAAGGGUUUUUAGUGUCUUACAUGGAAGACAAAUAUCACUUUAUACAAAUUUGGGACUAACAACAGCAUAACUCUUGUUCAGACUGAAGAAAAUUCAUUUUAUUAAAGAUUUGCCAUGACUUUAAUGAGCACGCUAAGCUAACCUUCAAAUCUUAAGGGUUAUCGGUGUCUUACAUGGAGGACAGAUAUCGCUUUAUACAAAUUGAGGACCAAUAACACCAAUGUUUGGUGUUAUUAAUCAACUUAUGGGCUAAGCUAUGUAAUCAUUCCGGAAAUUCUGUAUACAGAAGCUACAUCUUGUGCACCUUUAAUGACGAAUUGUGAUGUUUUUUUUUGUUUGUUUGUUUGUUUGUUUUUUUAAGUGUUGCACCGAUACGAUUUUUUUGGCCCGUGAUACCGAUUCCAACACAGUUGAUGUCAAUACUGUACCAAAAUAUACUUGUAAAUAUAUAUAUUUUUAAUAUUAAAUUACUGCUUACUCACUUGACUGUGAAGUAACUGCUAUCAGACUCUUAACUCACAGUAGGUCAUGGACAGUGCUAGAUGUCCAAUCCAUUUGAAGUGGGAGGGCUGACAGCAAUCAGAAAACAAGUUCACGAAAACUACAUUUUACGCAGCAGUACUCAUCGAUUUUGUCAUUAUAGUGCCGUAUCUGUACCGAUACUAGUAUUUGUAUCAGUGCAACACUAUUUCUAUUUUUAAUAUACAAAUUGUAUUAUUGCCUGAAAUUUCAGCUAAUUCCUCUAUUAACAUGUAUUUUGUGGCACCUUCAGAUCCAACUACUGUAUAUUAAUACCAAUGACACUAUUCUGUUGUUAGUUGGAAAUAAAGAUGCAACCGUUUGUAUUUAAAAACACUAUAAACGGAGUAAAUGUUCAACAAUAAGGCUUGACUAUCAUCCUCAUGUAUGCUUUUAUUUGAAAAUAAAGGACCGUGGUGGGUGAAAAAAUAAAUACAGUUUCAGUGUAAGAAUUUGGACAAAUGGAAGCCAGGUUACAUAAAGCAAAAACGCACAUACAGUGGUAUGAAAAAGUAUUUGAACCUUCUGGAAUUUCUUACAUUUCUGCAUAAAAUCACCAUCAAAUGUGAUCUUGUCAAAAUCACA